CAUCCCCGAGAUCCCGCGCCACCAUGCAGGUGAAUGAUGCCGUAAAGGUCCGAAUGGAGGGAGGAGUGCUGGAUGAGAUUGAGGCAUCUGCUGAUGUUCUGCUCAGCGACACCAUGGACCAGUACAGGACUUUCCAGAUGUGUGAGCGUCUGCUGCACAGUCCAACAAAACUCGCAAACCAGCUGCUUUUCCAGAUCCCUCCCCAUCGACAAGCCAUGCUCAUAGAGAGAUAUUAUACUUUCGAUGAUGCAUUUGUGCGUGAAGUGUUGGGAAAGAAACUCUCCAAAGGAACAAAGAAAGACUUGGACGACAUCAGUGCCAAGACAGGUGUGACGCUCAAAAGCUGCAGACGACAAUUUGACAACUUCAAACGUGUUUUCAAAGUUGUGGAAGAGCUGAAGGGACCCCUGGUGGAGAACAUCCGUCAGCAUUUUCUGCUCUCUGACAAGCUUGCAAGGGAUUAUGCUGCCAUUGUUUUCUUUGCCAACAACCGCUUUGAGACGGGGAAAAAAAAGCUCCAGUAUCUCAAUUUCCAGGACUUUGCUUUUUGUGCUGGGCAGCUUAUCAACAACUGGACGGUUGGAGCUGUUGAUAACCUGGUUGAAGACAUGGAUGUUGAUCUCGAUAAAGAGUUUUUACAAGAAUUAAAGGAAUUAAAAGUUUUAAUUACUGACAAAGAUCUGCUAGAUCAACACAAAAGUUUGGUUUGCACAGCUCUGAGAGGGAAAACUAAAGCUUUUAAUGAGAUGGAAGCUAAUUUCAAGAAUCUCUCCAGAGGUCUAGUCAACAUCGCCACAAAGUUAACCAACACUAAAGAUGUCCGAGAUUUCUUUAUAGAUCUGGUGGAAAAGUUUAUUGAGCCGUGUCGUUCAGACCGAUGGACCGCCGCCGACGUAAAGCUCUACCUCACUCACUACACCAACUCUGCACACAUUCUCGACACGUUCAAACAUCAGGUUGUGUGGGACAGAUACAUGGGCGUCAUCAAAAGCUGUAUCUUCAAAAUGUAUCAUGACUGAGGCGUUUCCUGGGCUGCCCGCCCCGCCCCUCUCCUCUUCCCUCUCCAUUUUUUUAUUUGUCUCUAUCCUCUCUAAAGUUGUACUUUCUCUCCUUUCCAUUUCUCUUUUAGCUGGCGUUUUUACUUUUUAUGUUUAUUGCUCAUGUGCACCUCGAGCAUCCUUCAGUGUCUGUAAAUUUUUGGUUGACGAAUAAAAGAAACGUUUUAACAUUG